CUGACUUCCCUUUAAUGCCCUCAAUCCAACUUCAUUACUCAUUCAUUUUUUCUAUCCUUCAAAUUUUCAUUUUGAAUUCAAUCCACAUUUAUUCACUUACCAUCCUUCUUAAAUUCCAUCAAACAAAACCAAACCAAAAAACCAAAAAUGGUGAAGAAAAAAACAUUGAACCUCUCUUCUCUUCUCAAAAACACAGACCUCAAAUAUUCAUCUUCAUGGCCAUGGCCUUAUUGUCACCAACCAAAAACACUUUCUUUCAGAGCUGAAAAUAACCAAGAUGACAUUAACAACACAUUCAAAAUCAUCAACUCGGCUUACUUGGAGCCUUCUGAUGAAUCUGUUUCUCCGAAAGCUUCUCUUGGUGAAUCCGGAAAAACCGAUUCGACAGAACCCGUGAUUCGCGGGUUACCGUCUGAUCGGUUUUUCUUUGAGCCGGAUGAGACUAACUCUAUUUUAGAAGCUAAUAGUAAAGUGGUUGCACAAAGUGAAACCACUCAAGGUUUGCCUUUCAAAGAUAGUGUUGUGUUGUCUAUGGAAUCUCAAGAUCCUUAUGUGGAUUUUCGAAAGUCUAUGGAGGAAAUGGUGGAAGCUCAUGAGGUUAAAGAUUGGGAGUGUCUUCAAGGACUUUUGUGUUGGUAUUUGAAGGUCAAUGAGAAAAACAAUCAUGGCUAUAUUGUUGGUGCUUUUGUUGAUUUAUUGGUUGGUCUUGCAUUUGCUUCGACUUCAUCUUCAUUUUCUUCUUCGUCUUCAUCGUCUUCUCAUUCUCCUUUUUCUCCUUUAUCGUUUUAUAGUUCUUCUUUGUCUUCCUCUUAUAGCACUCGGUGUGCUUCGUGUUCUAUGGCUCGUGAAGAAGAGGUCGAUACUCCUAGUUCAUCUUUGUUGUUAGAACAAGUUAGGGAGGAAUCUGAUGGCGAAAAUGAAGUUGAAGUUUCAGAUAUCAAAGCUUCAACUUCAUCUUCGUCAUCAUCAACAUCAAAUAGUUAUUAAUUUAUGAUUAAAAAAAGUUAUUUUAAUCAUGUAUAACCCUAAUAUUAAUAGUGUAUUAUAAGGUAAUAUUUUUUGUUUUAUGAUUUUUCAUGUUUAAUUUGA